CUGCUCUUCCCGACCCCUGCACCCGAGAGAAAAAAAAAAGGGGAACCCAGCCAUGCUUUGAGAAACCGGUGAGAUAAGCUUGGUUUUGGCCUUCUUUUCUUGCUCUAAAACACAGAUUCGAACCCAGAAAUCUUCCCCCCUUGCUGGAAAAUCCGGAUCUGCUGCUACUCUGCUCCUCAUCGCCGGCUGUUCCUUGCUUGUGAGUGCAAAUUGUCUUGAUUUUCUGGUAAGAAACAGCCAUUAAUCGAUCCUUUUAGCUUGAUUUAGCUUGGGUUAACUUUGGUUCUCCAAUUUUUGGCUAGUCCGUGAGUUUCCCUGCAACUUGCCGCCGGCUUCCUCUUCCCCCCUGCAGCUUCGGUUUUAGCUGGAGAAUUAUGGUUCUUGAUCGUUCUGUCAGUUAGUACGUGAAUUGAGUGCUCGGUUUUGUGCGAGUGAGGAAGUGAAACCGAGGACGGGGAAACCACAAGAAGUGACGAGUUAGAAGGCUAGCCAUAUUGUAAUUGGAUAUAAAUUUUAGAUAUGAAUCAUGAUCUUGUAUUUGGAGAUUUUAUGAUAUCAGAGAGAAUUUUAUAAUUUGAUCUUCAGAUUUUGAUGGUAUCAGAGUGUGAAUUUGAUAAGUUCCGAGCCUUGUGCACUUGUGAGACCUUGUUUGAAGCUUGGUCCCUUGUGAUAUUGUGGUUGAUAUCAGAGUGGCAUAGCGAAAGUGCAGUGGCCAUGUUCUGAUCAUAGAAAGUCGGGGCAUUUGUUUUGUCUUGGAUUGUGUGAAGUCAUUCACCAAUCUAGACGAUCCUAGAUUUGAGUUUUGGGGACAAAACUCCUUUUUAGGAGGGGUGGAUGUAAUACCCCAAAAUUUUUAGAGCAUUAAAGUAAAUUGGGGACC